AUGGUGAAAAUAGGGAAAUCAUUAUUUUCUGAUACUGAUGCUGAUGUUUCUGGGAAGGUUUUUGUUGUGACCGGAAGCAAUAGUGGGAUCGGAAACCAAAUUGCCAGAGAGUUGGCCAAAAGAAAGGGACGAGUAUACAUGGCUUGUCGAGAUCUCAAAAAGUGUGAGGAGGCGAGGGAGGAAAUAGUUCUUGAAUCUAGAAACAAGUUUGUUUACUGUAGACAGUGUGAUCUUGCUAGUUUUAGUUCAAUUCGGAAUUUUGUAUCUGAGCUGAGUAAGAAGGAAGAGAAGGUUGACGUACUAAUAAACAACGCCGGAAUAAUGAACUGCAGAAAAAUGUAUACUCAGGAUGGAAUAGAAAUGCAGCUGGGAGUCAAUCAUAUGGGACCCUUUUUACUCGCACAUCUUUUAAAACCAUAUUUAAAGGCUGCGGGAAGGAGUCGGGUUGUUUAUAUGAUGAAUCUUGAUUAUAGAAAGGGCAAAAUUAAUUUAAGUGAUCUUAACGCUGAAAAUAAUUACGACGCAGCCCAGGCCUUCUGUCAGAGCCAGCUAGCGACAAUGUUAAGUGUACCUGUACUGGGUGAUGAGUGGAGGAAAGAGGGUAUUAGUGUGAACGCUGUGUAUCCCGGGGUCUGCAGUACAAAUAUAAAGAGACACAUGGGAGUAGAUAAAAGUAUUACAGGAAAUCUGAUUGCAAACCCUCUUCUAUGGUUCUUAACAAAGUCUGCUGAAAGAGGGGCACAAACACCGCUUUAUGUAGCAACCGAUAAAAAUUUAGAAAAUACAAGCGGAAGUUUAUUUUCCAACUUGUCGACUCUGGAAAUAGAUUCGGUAGCACUAGAUAAGGAGCUAGCGACUAAAGUAAUGGCAGUCAGUAAAUACUGGACUGGUCUUGUUGACAAAUCUGAACUAAGAAGAACAGCACAGUGAGUAUUGAUGACCAUCAAUCAUUCAAAAGAAAUUUGAACCAGAAAGAAGAACAUCUUCCACACUCUGGGCUUUAGGGUCUGAAACUGAAUCAAAAGAAGCCGAAGACAAAAUGAAUUUUUAACGAUAAAGCAAAAAUCUGCCUUAUUUCAUAGUCCAUAGCACUAGACAGCUUCAUGGGACUAAACUUAAUUGUCUCAUUUCUGUGUAAUGGAGCCUUUUAUGACUAAAGUAUCCGAAGAUGACUUAAUUAAAUAGGCUGAUUGUAUUCUUACAGA